CAGCCAACGGCUAUCUCUUGCACACUACUUUCACCAUAAAUACACAUCCAUACAAGGACCCAGAACACACACCAAAUUAACAAGUUAGCUCUAAGUGAGUGUGUUUCUAAUUAAAGUUUGUGGGUCGGAGAGAUAGAUGGUGUUUGUCAAAAUGUUUGAUGUUUACUUGAUGAUUGUGAUGUUGAUGGGUUUGGGGUUUACAAUAGAGUUAUCAACUGGGCACAAGUUCAAUGUUGGUGAGAGAGAUGGUUGGGUCCUUGCUCCUUCCGAGGAUUAUAUUGAGUGGUCUCACAGAAACCGGUUUCAAGUCAACGACACUCUUUUUUUUAAGUACGUGAAGGGAGAAGAUUCAGUGUUGCAAGUGAGUGAAACAGAGUACAACACAUGCAACACGACUGACGCCUUGGCUUCCCUCUCAGACGGUGACUCUCUUUUCCAACUUAGCCACUCAGGCCCAUUCUUUUUCAUCAGCGGCGACAUCGGAAACUGUCUCAAAGGUCAGAAGCUAGCCUUAACGGUCAUGUCCAAGGUCCACCACAGCCACGCUCCUCGUCAUCCCUCUCCUUCCCCGUCACCCUCAACGUCUCUGGUCCAUCAGGCUUUGUCGUCGCCGGCACCUUCUCCGGAAGUGGAUUCGUCUUCAGGAGUUCCUGCUCCGGCUUCAGGUCCCGCUGCGGCAGCUCACAAUUCGGCCGGUUCCGUUGGUCCGGGGGUGGUUUCUCUAGGCUUGAUUCUCGUGAUUAUGAUAAGUUCCAUGGCUUAGAAUUUGUGAGGGUAUUACUUUCGCCAGAGUUAAGUUUUAAUAUUAAUGUGCCUUUUAUUAUGUUUAUUGUAAGCUUUUCUAUUUCUCCCGUCUUGUGUUUGUCCUUGUUUUCGUGUUUAAUCAUCAUGAUCAUGCAAUAAUGCCAUUCAUCAUGCAAAAGUUCUUCAUA